AUGUGGAAAAGUACAUUUUCAGAACCACCAGAAGAAUAUACACAAGAUAAGGAGAGGCAUAAAUCUACAUUUUUCUCUCUUUUUAACAAAAAAAAAAAGUCAAACAAAUCAGGUUAUAGCGCCUCUGAAAAUAGUAUAAAUUUUUCUAAAAGCCAUGAAAAAUCAAAAGAUAAAAAAAAAAAAAAUGGACAUUCAAAUGAAGAAGUAAGUGAUAGCGAAAUGAUAAAAAAUGAAGUCGAACACACAAAGAUCCCUAAUAGUAAUUAUCUAAAAAAUUAUGAUUCUAAAAACAAAAAAAGAGAAAGUUUUUUUCAAAAAAUUAAUCUAUUACGAAAAUUAAGAAAUUAUAAAAUAAAAAAAUCUGCUACUACAUUUUAUAUGGAUCAUGAAGAAAGUUCAUCCUUAGGACUUGAUGAUGAGCAUAUGGGAAAAAAUGAAUAUGUAAAAAAAAAAAAAUAUAGCAUAAAAAGUGAAUUUAUUAAUUUAAAAAAUAAAGCACAAUCAUUGAAGAAUAGUAUUUAUUUUAGUAGCAGCAAAAACAGUAUUGAAAGUAAUUACUAUAAUCGAAGCAACAAAGAAUAUAUGGGAAAAAAGGGAUAUAACAUUUUUAAUUUGAAUAAAGAAAACUCUAAACAAUUUAAUAAUCCAUAUUCAUCAGAAAAAGCAAAUUCUUUAAUAACAAAUGAUAAUAUUAAAAAUAAAAAAGAUAAAUAUAGAGAACAAGAUUUUUCGAAUGUAUCUAACAUAAGUUGUUUAUCUGAAAAAAAAAACAAUAACAAUAUUAGUCAUAAUAGUAGUGAUAAUAAUAAUUCAGAAAAGCAUAAAAAUAAACCCUUUUUUGAACAAAAAUUUGAUGUAGAUAUAUGGAAAGAGAAUAAUAAUUUAAUGAACGAUAAAAAUCAUGUAACACAUUUUGGUGAACAUUCUUUUAAUAUUAAAAGAGAGAAUGAAAUUAUACUUGAAAAUUAUUAUAAAGAUAAAGAAAAAAAUAGUUAUGGGGACAACAAUAACUUACAAUCAAAUCACAAAGACAGUAGGAUUAGACAUAAUUCUCAAAAUGGGGAGCUUAACAGAGUAGUUCCUAAGAAUGGUUAUAAUACCAUGUAUAAUAAAGAAAAAAAUGAUAACAAUAAUAAUAUUAGAGGUAUAGAUAUGAUUAGUGAAUAUAUGAAAAAUGAAAAGACUGAACAAAUUAUAGGCAAAGACAGAGAAAACAAAAUAUGUAACACCAUUCAAGAAAAUGAAAUAGAAAAGAAAGGAAAAAAUAUUAAAGCAGAAACAAAUUAUACAAAUAAUUUGUCCAAAGUAAACAAUAUAUAUACCUCCGAAUUUACUCAAAAUAGGACUGAUAAUAUUAGAAAUAAUAAUGAUAUACAAAAAGAAAUGAUAUUAAAAUUAAUGUAUAACAACAAAGGAAUAUAUUUUAAUAAGGAUAAAUAUAUAGAUAACUCCAAUAAUAGAGAAAAUAAUAUAUAUAAAAAUUAUGCAGUAAAUAAUGAAAAUAUAAAAUAUAUUCCUCGCAAUAAAUCUAAUAUAAAUUUCAAAAAUAAAGACAUAUUAAAUAUAACCCAAAAUAAUAAAAAUAAUGUAUUUUCUAAAGAAUAUAAACUUGAUAGUAUUAACCAUAAUGAUAAUCAAAAUAAUAUAAUUAAUAAGUAUAUAAUUAGUCCAUUAUAUAAUUUAUUUGCCCAAACAAAAAAUGAAGCAGAAAAAAAAUUAAGUACAUCAUAUAAUAAAAUAAGUAGCUUGCCAUAUCAUCAAAUAUUUCAAAAAUAUACUAGUGAGUUACAAAAAACAUAUAAAACAAUGUAUGACAUAUAUGAAUUUCCCAAAAUGUGCAGUAUGGAAUAUUCGAAAAAAUCUUUUAUCAAUAUGAGAAGCGGCGCUAAUAACAACAAUCAUAACGAUGAAAAUAAAAAUGAAAAUAAAAAUGCUAAUGAUUAUAUGGACUGGAAUGAUAGAUUCUAUAGAAAUACCUAUACCCAUACAAAACCCAGUGCUUAUAAGAACAUUGUCAUGAUUAAUGAGAGUAAUGCAAUUAGCUUGAAUGAACAUUUCAAAAAAAAUGAAAUUAAAAUUCAUAAAACAUACAACAAUGAAGAAUAUAAAUCAAACUUAUUUAGUAGAAAAACUAUAGAGCCCGUGUUUAAGAUAUGUUCCACAAAUGGGUCAAAUAGACUGAACACUAAUCAUCUAAGGAAUAAUAGUGAAAUCAUUAAUAAUCCUUCUGUUUGCAGAUAUAAUAAUACAAAUCAUAUUUUACAAAGAAAAUUGUUUAAUAUUAACGCGUCACAUCGAAGUAUGGGGAUGAUAAAUAAUAAGAGAGAAGACCUUAAGUAUGAACAAAAGCAAAAUAUAAAUUUUCUAAGAAAGGGUAAUAAUUUUUAUGAAAAUAGUUUAAGAAAUAAUAACAAUUAUAAUUCAAUAAAUGCCAAUAUUGUUACUAAUAUAUAUCUAUCGAAUAAUUCAAAAAAAAAUAAUAGUGUUAGUAAUAGUUGUCAUUUAUUUAAUAAUAAAAACGAAAUUUCUAAUAAUUCUAGUAAAUAUUAUGCAUGUAAAAAUGGUCCUUAUAAUAAUACAUUAAUUAAAUCAAAUACAUUGCAUCCUUAUUAUUUUUGUAAUAAAAAAAUGAAUACUAAUAGUUAUAAAAAUAUGAAUAUUCAUAAUAAUGAAAACUAUUAUAAUAAUGACAUAUGGACAAUAAGAUGCAAAUAUAAUAGUAAACAAAAAUAUGCUCCUUUAAAUAUGAAUACAAUGAAUUUAUCUAAGUCUAUAGGAUAUUAUCCUAUUCUUCAAAAAUCCAAGACAAAUAUAAAUAGUUCUAUAAAUAAUACUAAUAUAAAAAAUAAUUUGAGUGCAAGCUUAAAUGAAUAUAAUGAGCAUGUAUUAUAUCCUAAUGAUAAUAUUGCUAUACAUAAUAAAUAUACAAAUUGUUUUGAACCCAUAAAUAAUGAAGAUAUUUUUAGAAAAAAUUAUUUACAAAAAAAAAGUCAAUCGUUAAAUCAUAGAUUAUUAGACUGUUAUGAAUUUAAAUACUCAAGAUUUAAAAAUAAUAAAAAUUGUGACAAUAAUUUUUUUAUUAAUAGAAAAAAUGAUGGUUUAAAAAAUGUUUUAGGUAUGUCAAAUUUAUCAAAAACAAAUAAUCCAAUAGAGAAAAAUAUUAUAUUGCCUACUGAAAAUAUGGAUAUAAGAAAAAUAAAUUAUAAUAAUUUACAAUAUGAACCAAUUCAUCAUAACACUAGGAAUUUUAAUUUGUGUAAUAGUUAUGAUCACCAUUUUACCAGUUCGGAUAACAACUAUCUAAGUGAUGGGUAUAUAAAAAGCACACGAAAUAUAUGCAAUAAUAAUAUGUUUAAUGGCAAUAUAAAUUGUUCAAAUCAUUUUAAUGGCAAAUUAUUUGUUAGUGAAAAGAAUAGACUAACCAAUAGCUAUACAAAUAACAUGCUUAUAAAUGAUUGUAAUAAUUUACAAAACAAAAGCCAUAGAUAUAUAAGGGCAAAAAGUUUAAAUGCAUUAAGAGAUUCAAUUUUACAUUCUAAAAGUUUAAAGGUUUAUGAAGAUUGUUGCAUAAAAAACAAAAAUGAAAAUAUAACUAAUCAUGAUUAUAAUAUGAAAGAUAUUUACAAAAGAUGUUCUUAUAUAGGAAAUGAAAAUACGCAUGAAAUAUUUUGUACUGAAAAAAGUGAAAUUUGUGAAAACGACUUAAAUGGUUAUAAUAUAAAACCAGUAUUAAUAAAAAGUCAUGCUGAUGAGACAAAUGAAAAGACAAAUAAUAUUUUAUUAAAUGAUAUAAAUAGUCAAAUAGCACAUAAAAAAAAUGAUAAUAAUGAAAAUAUAUAUUUAUUAGAGAAAGAAAACAAAAUCGAACAAAUAUUAACUAACCUUUCUAAUAAUGAAAAUGAUAGUGAUAAUUGUACUUCAGUUACUAUUCAGCAUUAUACUGUAAAUAAUGCUGACAAUAAUAAAGUUGGUGAUCAUGUUUUAAGUUCUUAUAAUAUUUGUGAACAAGAAGAAUCAUUAUGGAUGCCAAAUCAAUAUAAAAUAGAAAAAGCAAUACUUAAAGAAUCAUCAGAAAAUUAUAUACACAAAGAAGAAUUUCAAAAUGGGCUCGUUAAAUGCCGAAACAAUUUUAUAGACAAUGGAAUCAACCAAUGUGAAGAUAUGCUUUCGGGGGUAAUUGAAAAAAAGGAAAACACAAAUUGCAAGAUUAACGAUGACGAAAAAAAAAAUUUCAAUGACAAAGUGGAUCAAAAUGACAAAGAAAUGAUAGAUAUUUGUGUAAAUAGUUCGUCAGAAAACUGUUAUAUAAAAAAUAACAGUAACAAUCAUAAUAAUAAAUAUAGCAUUGAAAAAGAAUCGAAGAAUUUGAAAGAUGUUGCACAUGAUGAUUUCGAGCAUACUACAAUGACGACUUUUACUAUUAUUAACCCUAAUAUUAUCACUUCUAGCACUUUCGAAAAUAAUGCAUCUACUUGUGAAAUGAUCAAAAAUUAUAAUCCGAAUAAGGAAUGUCGUAAUGUUGAAAUUAACAAUGAUGCAAAAAAAGAGAAAGAAAAAUAUGAUAAUAAAAAAAAAAUUACAAAGUCUACUAACAAUAGUAGUAAAAUUGGGAAAAAUAAUAAAUUAUGCAAAUUAAAAAAGGCAAGUAUAACAAAAAAAAAUUGGAAAAAUAGGGAAAUUGGAGAAUUAAGCGAAAAUGAAAUAUACAAAUUACCGAGUUAUUUAGUUGCAAAUAUGUGUAAUACUGUCUUUAGCGAAAUAGAUGAAAAUACCUAUGAAUACAAUUUUAUCAAGAAUAAAAAUGUAAUAAACAAACAAAAAAUGUUUAUUAAUUUUAAUAGCAAUUAUUUAGGCGAUACAAUUAAUUUCGAAAACGAUAAUAUAAUAAAUUCUAGCGACUCAACACCAAUUUUAAAAAAAAAUCGGGAAAAUGAAAAAAAUACAAGACAUGGUAAUAAGGAAGCAAGUAUCCGAAAGAAGGAUACUAAUAUAUCUACUACAAGAAGUAUUAAUAUAUCCAAAGGAAGUUUUUCAAAUAAAAAUAUUAAAAAGGAAUUGUCUGGUUUGGGAAAAAGUAAAAUAAAUUCGAAGAAGCUUGUUAAGAGAUCGACAAAAAAAGGCACUGUGCUGAAUAAGAAUUCGAUGGUUAUAAAUAGUAAAGAUGAUAAGAAUAGAGGGGUGGGAGGUGAAGAAAAAUAUGGUGAGGAAAAAAAAUUAAAAAAAAAUAAAAUAAUGCAAUCCACAGAUGAGAAAGUAAAUAACAAGGAAGAAGCUACAAAAAAAAAAAAAAUUAAUAUAAAAAAAAAAAAAUGCACACCCUUAAUAAAUAAAAGCGAAGAUUCAUAUUUAAUUGGAAAGAGCAUUCAUUCGAUAACGUACAUGCAUGAAAAUGAGAUAAAUAUAAAUUUCGAUAUAGAAUUGGAUGAUUGUAAUACUAAUAAUGGAAUAGAAACAAAUGGUGGUAGUGUAAGCGACACAAUAUAUGAGAAAGAUAUUAGAAACGAAGAAAAAAUAAAUAUGUCAAUAAAUUCAGAAGACGAGAAUUUUAUAAAUAAACUCGAAUUAUGCAGCGUACCAGAAGUUGAUAGUUUUUAUAAAAUGUUUAAAACAAUGAAUAAUAUGUUAAGGAAUAUAAAUAAUAGUAAUUUUUUAAACAAUAUAGAUUUAAAUAAUUUAAUUAAUAUUGAAAAAUAUUUUAUUAAUAAUAAUAUAUAUAUUAAUAAAUAUUUAAUAACAACAGAUAUUGAAAAUGACCAAUUGAAAGAGGACAAAAAUGAAAACGACAGCAUAAUAUAUGAUAACAAUUUUAGUAUAAUAUAUUUAGACAACGAUAUGAUAUAUUUAAAAAAAAAAAAAUUAAAAAAUAUACUUGAUAUAUUAUUACAAAAUAAGUAUUCAUUUUAUGAAAUUAAAAUAACAAUUUUGUUAUUAAAAUUAUUUAUUUCUAUUGAAAAUAGUAAUAUACAUACAAGUAUAUAUCCUCUUACAUUAAUAAACUCCUUAAUACAUAAAUUAAACUUAAAAGUUUAUGAUAAAAAUGAAUCAAUUGAAGAUAUUAAAAAUCAUAUGUUUAAUAAAAUUGAAAAUUUCAAUAUAUAUAAAAAUAAUCUAGAACAAUCAUCAUUUAAUUAUUUAUUUAUAUGUGAUGGAGAAAAUUAUUUAUGUAUAAAUGAUAACUCAUUAUGUGGAGAAACAUACCAAACAAAAGUUAAUGUAAACAACGAAUUGGGAUAUUAUCAUUAUAUUAAUUUGAACAGAUUAACAUAUUAUGGGCAAGGAAAAAGUUAA